UUCUCUCUACUAGGGAUCCCGAAUUCGCCGGAGAAGAGAAGAGAAGAGAAGAGCCUCCUGCCGGAUUCUUCUACUGGGUAAAAAACAUCAUUCUAUUUCCUCAGUCCUAUCAUUCUUAAUUAAAGACUCUUCUUUGAGCAGACGGGUCCCACUCCCCGAGGUAUCCGGCUCCUGGUCCCGCCACAGAAUUGUGUUGUUAGCCUCCUUCUAGUUCUACCAUUGCAACUUUCAAUUCCCUUAAGGGCUGUUGUGAUUUCUCACUACAAUUCAAAUCUAAACUUGGUGGCGAUCGGGAUAAAGAUAUCUACUUUAUGGAUUCUAAUCUUUUCUCUCCGGCACCCACUUAUCGAACUCUAGAAACAUUUUGGGAUUCUGACGAGGAUGCUCCUGGUCCCCGAUGCGGUCAUACGCUCACUGCCGUUGCCGCCACGGGAAAACAUGGUCCAAGGCUUAUCCUUUUUGGCGGCGCUACUGCCAUUGAAGGGGGUCCUUCAUCUGUUGCCCCUGGAAUCAGGCUUGCUGGAGUCACCAACUCUGUGCACUCGUAUGAUGUUCUUACAAGGAAGUGGACGAGACUUAGAGCAACUGGUGACCCGCCUUCUCCCAGAGCUGCCCACACUGCAGCUGCAGUUGGGACGAUGGUUGUGUUUCAGGGUGGCAUUGGUCCUUCUGGGCAUUCAACUGAUGACCUGUAUGUGCUUGAUCUGACCAAUGACAAAUUAAAGUGGCACAGGGUUGUAGUUCAAGGACAAGGUCCAGGGCCUCGAUAUGGACAUGUGGUGGACUUGGUUGCCCAAAGAUAUCUUGUAACAGUUAGUGGCAAUGAUGGGAAAACAGUGCUAUCAGAUGUUUGGGCUUUUGAUACUGCUCAAAAACCAUAUGUGUGGCAAAAAAUUAGCCCAGAAGGUGAUAUACCUUCUGCAAGAAUGUAUGCGACAGGCUGCGCUCGUUCUGAUGGCAUGUUUCUACUUUGCGGUGGCAGAGAUUCAUCUGGAACACCGCUUGCUGAUGCUUAUGGGCUACUCAUGCAUAGAAAUGGCCAGUGGGAGUGGACCCUUGCACCUGGAGUUGCUCCUUCAUCAAGAUAUGAACAUGCAGCUGUUUUUGUUGGACCAAGAUUGCAUGUUACUGGGGGUGCACUCAGGGGAGGACGAGCAGUAGAUGGUGAAGCAGCAAUUGCAGUUCUGGACACUGCUGCUGGAGUGUGGUUGGAUAGAAAUGGAAUGGUGAAUUCUUUACAGGGGAGUAAGGGCCAACCUGACCAAGAUCCUUCAUUGGAACUCAUGCGUCGCUGCCGUCAUGCAGCUGCAUCUGUUGGUGUUAGGAUAUAUGUUUACGGUGGUCUUAGAGGAGAUGUCUUGUUGGGUGAUCUUGUAGUUGCAGAAAAUCCUGAUAGUGUGUCAAUGGUUUCAAGUCCUAGAAUGUCCCCAAACAAGAAUUCUUUUUCUCCAACAUUAGAUUCUGACAAUGGACAAGAGAGCACGGAUGACUCAAUGACUAAACUCGCCAAAAACUCUGCUGAUGAGGCUAAGGCAGCUUCUGUGGUCUGGCAAGUAGCAAACCAAGCAUCUCCUACUGACGAAUCUUCCGGAUCAGAAAAUAAUCCAACUGCAGAGUCCACUUCCGAUGGUAGUGACAAUGAGUUGGAUGUCCGACUUCAUCCAAGAGCUGUUGUAGUUGCUAAAGAUGCUGUUGGAAAUCUAGGUUUGUUGAUAAGGCAGCUCUCAUUGGAUCACUUUGAAAAUGAAAGUAGGAGAAUUGUUCCAGUUAACAACGAUCAGCCAUAUUCUGCCAGGAAGAUCACCAGGCAGAGAUCUCCUCAAGGCUUGCAUAAAAAGAUUAUUUCAAAUUUGCUUAAACCUCGGAAUUGGAAAGCUCCUACCAAUAGGAGAUUUUUUCUGGAUUCUUAUGAAGUAGGUGAGCUUUGCUAUGCAGCUGAACAGAUCUUUAUGCAGGAGCCAACAGUUCUUCAGUUGAAAGCUCCUGUCAAAGUGUUUGGUGAUCUUCAUGGACAAUUUGGUGACUUAAUGCGACUUUUUGAUGAAUAUGGGUUUCCUUCCCCUGCAGGAGACAUAACGUAUAUCGACUAUUUGUUUCUAGGUGAUUAUGUUGACCGUGGACAACAUAGUUUAGAGACCAUAACCUUGCUACUUGCGCUAAAGAUUGAGUACCCCGAUAGUGUUCAUCUUAUACGUGGGAACCAUGAGGCAGCUGACAUUAAUGCUCUCUUCGGUUUUCGAAUUGAAUGCAUUGAGAGAAUGGGAGAGAGUGAUGGUAUCUGGGCAUGGACACGGUUUAAUCAGCUAUUUAAUUACCUUCCUUUGGCGGCUCUUAUUGAGAAAAAGAUCAUAUGUAUGCAUGGUGGAAUAGGAAGAUCUAUACAUUCUGUGGAACAAAUAGAGAAAAUUGAAAGACCCAUAACAAUGGAUGCUGGCUCCCUCAUUUUGAUGGACCUCUUGUGGUCUGAUCCUACUGAAAAUGAUAGUGUAGAAGGUUUGAGACCAAAUGCUAGAGGGCCGGGACUCGUCAGCUUUGGGCCUGAUCGCGUAACGGAUUUUUGCAAGAAAAACAAAUUGCAGCUGAUUAUAAGGGCGCAUGAAUGUGUUAUGGAUGGGUUUGAGCGGUUUGCUCAAGGACAGCUAAUUACCCUUUUCUCAGCUACCAAUUAUUGUGGAACGGCAAAUAAUGCUGGAGCGAUACUUGUAGUUGGAAGAGGGUUGGUUGUUGUUCCAAAGUUGAUCCAUCCCAUACCGCCUCCUCUUCACUCCCCAGAGGCUUCUCCUGAACGUGUAACAGAUGAAACAUGGAUGCAGGAGCUCAACAUUCAGAGACCCCCCACUCCAACAAGAGGCCGCCCACAGCCAGACUUUGACCGUAAUUCCCUGGCUUAUAUAUAGAGAACAGCGGCCGAACCCUAGAAUUCUCUAGAGUAUUUGUUUGUUUUUUAUUGGAAAAGUGCAGUUUUUAGGUUAUAGAUUGGUUGUCUUUAGAGAGUAUAAACUAUUACAAAAAGGAAACCUACAUGAAGAUGAUAUAUUGACAGAAAGCCAGACAGAGAAAGAAAAGACAACAAAUUGUGGAGAAUUUUCAUUGACUAGUUUUUUGUUUUUUUUUUGUACAUUAUUUUUUUUAAAGUACUAUCAUUUGUUGUA